UGAGAUGAUCUGAAAAAUAGUUUACAGUGCGCGGUUCUUCAUUUGUUUAAACACGGCUUGCGGUGGACUAAAACUAUUCUAGUGUUAUAGUGAAAUGUCUGCGAGAUUUAAAAACUUGUUCAUAGGAUGCUUUUCUUUAUUUUUGAUAUUUUGUGUUUUAAUAGGUUUACGCACAAAUACUUUCGGAAAUAGCAAGUUACAUUUUGGGCCAGCAGUAUGGUUAAGACCGAUUGUUUAUCCAAAUUUAGAAGAAACGCAACAACCUUCAAUGAAUUUAAGUAAAGCAGAAAAGGGUCCGAAUAUAAAAAUAUCGAAAGGGCAGAAGCUGUUUGCAACGGGGAGUCAAAGAUUAAAUGAUACGAAACACAAAAUUGUUCAAGGUACAAGAAAGAAAUACUAUCCGAAAGUACAGGUCACGAAUGUUGUUGGCAGACUAGGUAAUGCCAGUUCGGACGGAUCUGUAAACUGUAGCAAGAAGAAAGUGAAGUUAUCUCAAACAGUGCUACCUAUAACUGGUCUGGUCAGUUUUCCAGGAUCUGGAAAUACGUGGACCCGGCACCUCAUACAACAGAUGACAGGGCUUGGAACAUCCAGUGUGUACUGUGACGAAGGAUUAAGAACGCGGGGUUUCCCGUAUGAAUGUCACCGUGACAGGGCUAAGACUUUGGUGGUGAAGACGCAUGAAGGAAGACAUUUUAACCUUUUCAAAAAGAUAGUGCUGCUUGUGAGGAAUCCAUACGAUGCCCUAUUGUCGUAUGCAAACUUUGCAAAGGCUGGACACACAGGCCAUCCAUCAAAACAAGUCUUGAUUCAAGCCAGCACCAAAAUGUUCGAGCACUCUUUGAAAUGGUAUGUUAACCUGACCAGGAACACCAUAAGAAAGUUCAAAGGACCUGUGCAUGUUGUACAGUAUGAAAGACUUCAAAGUGACAUGGCACGUGAGCUGAGAAAGCUUGCCACAUUCUUUAAUCUAAGUGUCUCUGAUAAAGAUAUAGAUUGUACAGUUAAACUUCAGGAGGGUAAUUUUCAUCGUAAAACAAACGAAGCAAAACAUAUAGAACUUCUACAUACUGUUUACACGAAGGAAAAACUUUUACGUCUACGAGAGGCGGCACGGUAUUCAGAGAAACUUUUAAAAGAUGCAUAUAGUGUAGAUAUUGACUUAGGUGGUAAAACUGAAAAACUGCUUUUCCAGACGUCCUAAAGCAUUAUGUAAGAGAGUGGUUUAUAUUGGAUAUCAAACAAGGUUGUGUGAUAUGGAAACUAAGUGCCAUUAAAAUCGUUAUUUUCACCAUGGAGGUAACGUGCUUGCACAUUCAAAUGUAUUUAAAGGUAAAGUGGACUUCUGCACAUUAAAAUACUUACUUUCACCAUGGAUGUUACAUGUUUUCACAUAUAAUUGUUAUGAAGGGAGACUUACACACCUAUUUAACAGGAGGUUAUGUACAAUCAUACAUAUAAAUCUAAACAUUUUUUAUGUAAUUUUGGUUGUAUUUAGAGACACAACAACACAAUGUAGAUCAUAUGGCAACUUAACCAGCUUUCGAUGGAUGAGGAAUACCUCAGGUACCCCUCCUGGCAUUUUUUCAGGCAUGGGCGGGCACCUGGGUAGAAACACUGACAUUUCGUAAGCCAGCAGCAUGACUUCCCCACAUAAAGCAUUUAUACACCCCUAGCGAUGUUUUGAACUCGUAUCGGUGAGGGGUAAAGGAUAUUCGAAGUCAGCAACCGUCAUGUACCACUUGGUCACUAAAUUUAAACAAGAAGUUUGGAGGAAAAUUCAGAGUUUAUGAACUUAAGAAUUUCAGGAUUGUAAAGUAUAUCGGCAAUUGUAGU